UUUCUGUUGGGGUUCCAAGGGUGAGUUGCGUUUCUGUGGCAUCCUCAGCCUUUCUGGUCUUUCUGGACCCCAUUCCUUUCCCUUCCCUUUACGCAGCUGUUGAAAUGCAAUGUGCCCCUCAGGGACUUUGCUUGGAACCCGGGGAUGCCAUCAGGGAACAGCAGCCUCCGAUCCAUGGUGUGUGUCAUCUUGACACCUCCAUUUGCCUCGAGUCUUCCGGUGGUUCUGACCUUGUAAUUCUUUAUUAUCUCAUGAAUUCUGAUAGUUUGAAGAGGAUUUAUUUAUUUUUGUGUGUUUUGUCUGGCUUUAGUAGUUGUCCUCGAUGGGGAAUGCCAGUUGAAUUCCAGAUUUGCCAUUAAUGAAAGUGGAAGCACUUUACAAUUUACUUUUUGCCUUGUAAUUAUAAAAGCAUUUUUAAUAAGAAUGCUUUUUGUGAGUGCUGUUAUUGAAUUUUUCCCACAGCUUAUUUGUAUCCUGUUUGUUUGGAAAUAUAUUAAUCCGCUGUUGUUUCCCGGGAGGUUUUAGUAGAAUAAAUCAUACCAUUAUGUGGACUUCAUCUCAUAAAUUGGUGUAAUAUAUCUUGACUGGGGAAGCCAUUUGUGGCAUUUCUUAGCUCCUUUCAGUUUGAAACUUUCUAUUUUUCUUUUAGAAAGAAGCUCCUCACUAUGUAAUAUUCUUGACCGCCUGAUCAGGAUGUUUCUUUCUCCCCAGUUCAGCAAGGGUUAAUUUUCUCUUUGACCAUCACGAAAUAGGUCAGUCUGCAGUAUUUUGUGGCUGUUCUGGAAAACAGCUGAAGCGUUGCCACAGCAGCCAGCCAGGCAUGCUGCUGGACAGCUGGUCCCGCAUGGUGAAGAGCCUGAACGUGUUGUCCUCCGUGAACCAGGCAUCCCGUCUCAUCGACGGCAGCGAGCGCUGCUGGCAGUCAUCAGGGUCGCAAGGAAAGCACUGGAUUCGUUUGGAGAUUUUCCCAGAUGUUCUUGUUCAUAGGUUAAAAAUGAUCGUAGAUCCUGCUGACAGUAGCUACAUGCCGUCCCUGGUUGUAGUGUCAGGUGGAAAUUCCCUGAAUAACCUUAUUGAACUAAAGACAAUCAAUAUUAACCCUUCUGACACCACAGUGCCCCUUCUGAAUGACUGCACAGAGUAUCACAGGUAUAUUGAAAUUGCCAUAAAGCAGUGCAGGAGCUCAGGAAUCGAUUGUAAAAUCCAUGGUCUCAUCCUGCUGGGACGGAUCCGGGCAGAGGAGGAAGAUUUGGCUGCAGUUCCUUUCUUAGCUUCAGAUAAUGAAGAGGAGGAGGAUGAGAAAGGCAACAGCGGAAGGUGAGAGCCAUUUGUUACA